UGUGAUGUUAUUUCAGGCUGAUGGCCUCACCUUGGCCCUCAUUCUGCCUCUCCUCCUGCUGUUGUUGAUGUUGAUGAUGAUGUUAGUAGUGAUGUUGUUGAUGAUGUUGAUGUUAUUUCAGGCUGAUGGGCUCACCUUGGCCCUCAUUCUGCCUCUCCUCCUAUUGAUGUUGUUGAUGUUGAUGUUGAUGAUGAUGUUAGUAGUGAUGAUGUUGAUGUUGUUGAUGUUAUUUCAGGCUGAUGGGCUCACCUUGGCCCUGAUUCUGCCUCUCCUCCUGCUGUUGUUGAUGUUGAUGAUGAUGUUAGUAGUGAUGAUGUUGAUGUUGUUGUUGUUGUUGACUCAGGCUGAUGGGCUCACCUUGGCCCUCAUUCUGCCUCUCCUCCUAUUGAUGAUGUUGAUGUUGUUGAUGUUGAUGAUGUUGUUGUUGUUAUUUCAGGCUGAUGGCCUCACCUUGGCCCUCAUUCUGCCUCUCCUCCUGCUGCUCCUCGCCGCUCUCCUGCUGCUGUGGUGGAUCUGGCCUCUCUGCUGCACGCUGAUCAUUAAAGAUCCCUUGGUGGACGAGGAGGAGCCCCCCGCCCCCGGCUCGCCCCCCCCCCGCUGGCCCCUCGUGGACGCCUCCUACUACGGGGGCCGCGGUGUCGGAGGCAUCAAACGCAUGGAGGUGCGAUGGGGAGAACGUGGCUCCACGGAGGAGGGCUCCAAGUUGGAGUUCGCCAAGGAGGCGAAAGUCUCGGAGCCACCGGCAGAGCCGGAGUCGGCCCCUGAGGCACCCGGACCACGGGCAGCAAAUGCCUUGCAGGUGUUGGGGGCGUGGCUUGCGAGGGUCUAUGGACGCGUGGCUGUGAUGAGACCUCAGCCUGGCGAGACGGGUCGCUGCGUGAACUUCAAGAGAGAGAAAUCCCUGCCGUGACGUCACCACUCAGUCACUCACUCACUCAGUCACUCACUCAGUCACUCACUCAGUCACUCAGUCACUCACUCAGUCACUCACUCAGCCAUUCAC